AUCAGACAAUCGGGGCAUAUCCUAGCGUUAUGCCCCCUUUGUCUGUGAUGGGAAAACCCCUUUAAAUUUCAGUGUUAAGCCUCAUUCACACAGUCAGUGUUUUGGUCAGUGAUUUUCCAUCAGGGAUUGUGAGCUAAACCCAGGAGUGGAGCCUCCACAGACCUGAGGUAUAAGGGAAAGAGCUGCACCUGGUUUGGGCUCAAAGUCACUGCUUGAAAUCACUGACUGAACACUGACAUGUGGAUGAGGCCUUAUAGAGGGAGCUCACCUCACUUUCAUGAAGGCUCUAUGGCCUCUUUCACACGGACGAUAUGGAUUCUAUAUACUGACUUCAUACAUGUAUUAUUGAUAUAUGUUUCUCAUGGCAACACUGCGGAGGGGGGGAGGAGUCGCUGAUUGGCCACCAUAAUCACAUGACAUCACUAGAGCACCAUCUCGUCAUGUGACCAGAGGCAGCCACUAGAGCAGCGGUCAGCAUCAACCAUUUCAUGCUGGGAGUUGUAGUUUUCCAACAGCUGGGAUGUGGGAGGUUGCUGACCAUUGCUCUAGAGUCUGAGCUCCUUGGGCAAAUUAUACACCCCUGUAAAUCACAGUUUGAUUUAAUGAGGGCCCCAUAGCUGACCCCCCCUCCAAAUAUAUAUCCAAGUAUAUGUCAUUCCCACUAUGGGAAAAUAGCCGAAGGUGGAGUCUGACCCACCUACCCGCUCUCCUGGCCGUUCAGUACAAGAAAGAUGUCACUGCUGCUACAGUGUAGAAACCAUACUGUAACGAGGGAUGCCCCCUGUAGAUCGUGCCUGGCUGUGACCACUGCCUGCCUCUCAGUAUUGUUCUCACCGUAUCCCCCUCCCCAGAUGGCUUAAAGAGCUUAGUGCGUCCUCCUUGCUGGGUGAUAAUGCAAACAGACUUAUCGCCUGCCAUGAUAACCCACCUGCCUGUCUCUCUGCAUCAGCCGGCCAGACGACAGCACUCCUCCUCCACCACGGACUUCACUUACUGACAGAAGUCCUCAGAAAGUCACCUUUGACACCUUGUGAGGUGGUUUCCCGUGGACCCUGGUCAUUCCGGAUCACGAAGGAAGUUCUGAAUGAAAUGUCCCCAUUGGUCUCUCCUAUGUCCAGUCUUGACAUGGUGCUGCGGCCAGUGAUCGGCUUGAUUGGUCAUCUCGUGCCAUUUCCUGUAUGAUGAGACCUGACCAGGAAGUAGGGACCAGAUGUCCUGCCCCCAAAAAACAUGGAAUUAGGAAAGGGUAAACUUCUCAGAAGCGGCCUCAACGCCUUGUACCAAGCCAUACAUCCGAUACAUGGCUUAGCCUGGACAGACGGCAAACAGGUUAUUCUAACAUCCUUGGACCUUCAUAAUGAAGACCCCAAGUUUGGCAACUCUGUAGUGAUUGGGCAAUUUGAACACGUUCACGGCCUCUUCUGGGGUACAGCUCAUGCCAAUGACCUACCCGCUCUCCUGGCUGUUCAACACAAGAAACAUGUCACUGUCUGGCAGCUGUAUUACAACAGUUCAGAGAAGAACAAGUUGGUGGUUUCUCAGACUUGCGAAGUCGGGGACCCCCUGCCCGUUCUACCACAGGGCUGCGUGUGGCAUCCAAACAAAGACAUCUUGGUUAUUUUAACCAAACGCGAUGUGUCUGUCUUGUAUUCCGUGCGCUCGGACAAUUCUAGUGUUAAGGCGGACAUUAAAAGCACAGGGGUUGUCCAUUGCGCUUGCUGGACAGAGGAUGGAAGUCGGUUGGUUGUCGCCAUCAGUAGCGCACUUUACUCCUAUAUUUGGGACGAGAAGCACAAAAUGUUAAAUCCCUGUACUUUUUGCCCUAUAUUUGACAUCGGUGGAUACAUUUGUGCAAUUGAAUCAACAGUUGACUCUCAGGUGGCUGUUGCCACCGAGCUUCCCCUAGACAGGUUAUGUGCAUUGAAUGCCGGCAUUGCAUUCGACGUUCCAGCAACCUCCCAAAUAACUCCCUCCGCCCAACCAGCCUUGCUGCUCAUGGAUGAAGAAUUCUCUCUAGAUGUGGGGCGAAAAUCAACUGAUUCCGGCACUACCAUCUCCACAGAUUCCCCAGUUACUUCCCCUGGGACUGUUGACCUAACACACAUUAUGAUCAACCACUCAAAAUCUGACGCGAGCCCACUUCUUAACUUGAAACCCAAGGACUACAUAACAGGAAGUGGUCAAGACUCCUCACAUCUGAUCCUUGUGACCUUCGAGAAGAAAGUGACGUCCACCCGGAAAGUUAGCAUCCCAGGUAUUCUAGUCCCGGACAUCUUGGCAUUUGAUCCUGGUGCACAUAUCGUUGCCGUUGCUUCGAACAUGUGUAGCCACGUUCUAGUUUAUUCGUUGACUUCUACAAACAUGCCCAAUAUUCAGCAAAUCCAACUGGAGAAGAAUGAGAGGCCUAAAGGCUUGUACUUCCUGACAGAAAAGAUGUUGUUAGUGUUGGUUGGGAGGCAGAAGACGUGUGACCCAGUGUUUCUCCCUUCUUCUAGCUCUGAUAAAUACAUAAUCCGUUUGAUGGUGAAGGAGGUUAUGUUUGAUGAAGACUCUGAGAUUCCGAGUGCACACUCGAGCUUCGACUCUUCAGCUAUAUUACAUGGGAGGAAGAAGUAUGUGGACUCAUACAAAUAUGAGCAGUCUCCUGCUUGUCGUGAACUUUUGAUCCCAGGAAGUUCCUCGGGACGUCCAUCUUCAAGUAAAAAGCGACUCAUAGAAGAGAUUCGUAGCUAUAACUGCGAUCAAAGCCCAACAUCCAGCGCUAGUGAUUUUGAGGAGAAAAAGACUACAAUGACUUUACACCACUUAGACGUCGAACCGAAAAAUAGGUCUGUAAUGCUAGGUUUAGAGACACAUCGUAAGCCUUCCAGCAGACCAACAUCUCCAAAACUGCAAUCCCAGGCGUGCAACAACCUGACAAGGAACACCACUGCUGUCCCGGACCAUGAUUUCCUUCACGUGUCCUGGAAUCUAGAGCGACUUUGCUGCAACAUGUCCAAUCUACAGCAACGCCUAUCCGAUCUAACAGAAAUGUCGCAAAACGGAAGGAAGUCUCAUCUGUCCUAUGCAUCCUCUAGAGAUCCUCCAUAUGUUACCAUCAUAUGCCAGAGGAAUCACUCGGACAGUUCGUCGGUGAAAAAGUCGGUUUUGCUGUGUGACAACAAGCUGCGUCUCGGGACCAUCCAGGAGCUCUUCUGUCUGUCGCUGGUGGAGAUGCAACUGGGCCCCUCUUGUUGGAUUACUCUGACAGCCGAUAACGAAGGCUUCAUCCCAUUGACAUUUUCGGCCAAUCAGGAACUCUUCAUCAGAGACGCCAGAGGGCCUCCAGCAUCACCCAUGAGCUCCGACGGAAUCGGUCCAGCACAGCCCCCCAGCAGCAUCACAUAAUGUGCGCUGUCCGCUCGGGGGGCUGUUCUGCUUUCCAUCUUACCGUAUGCACUGGGCUUGGGGGCUCCACCGCUCCACAGUAUCCUGUAAAUAUCCACUUAUAGGCAGCUUCAGAUUGUUGUAAGGAUUCCUUACUUACCUCCGGUGCUGACGGGAUAGGAUCCCGGUAUCUUGUGCAAUAUACGUCCUACAUUUCUAGGACUCCCAACGCCCUGGACCUCAAGAGUAAUACAUUGUAGGGUGUCCAGUACCAGACCCUUGAUGCUGCUGGAACAUCCAUAGAUUUUUAUCAGACGGUGAUGACAUAGAGAGAGAGACUUCCCGGUUAUCAUAGUGACGUGAUUGUGCCAGCGCGUUUCAGUAUUUGCAGUAUUUAUCGCUAGUAGUACUGGUGGACAUGCACGAGGAAUGUAUUUUUUGGUAAUGCAUGUUCCUGCCCUGAUCGUAUCUAUAGUAUGUGCGCGGCAUAUUAGAUACCUGCGGGACAAUCUUUGUUACCAUUGAAUGUAGAAAGUAAAGGCCACCAUGAUGUGGGCAGAGCCAGUGUUAUAUCCGUGUGUACGUGCUGACAGAUGUGCAUUUCAUUUGCAGUGAUGUCCAUGUAGUAGAGAGAUUCACCACCUAAAGGUUUUAUUAGAAAAAUCUAUGCAGGCUGAGAUAGGCUGAAGUCAGCUUCGGGUUAUGUCUGACAGGUUGGUUGCUAGGGACACACUACCUAACAACCAGUCAUUGAUGUAGGGUUGUCAAGCAGCACGUUCCUUUAACAAACUAUUCUCUAUCUCUUACUGUCGUAUUAACCAUAUUUCUGUAUAAAUUUUAGGUGGAGCACCUCUACGAGUCACUCGUGUCUGAUUGGUGGGGGACUGACCUUUGGGGCCCCCCUCUGACCCCUAGCCUUCUGUUUGACUGUAGCAGUGAAGACACAUGUGUGCUGCUGCUCCAUUCAACUCUAUGGGUCUGUCAGAGCUAGGUGAAAGCCUGUACUUGGCUAUAACUCCCGCCGUCUGAGAGAACAUAAUGGAGCGUCGGCGUCCAAUGGGGGAACACUGGCCUCCAUUCCAGUGAUUGACUGGGGUCCGACCCCCACCUGUCCUAUGGAUAGAGGAUAAGUUGUAAAGGUGUUUUCCGGGAUUUAGGAUAUUGAUGGCCCAUCCUGACGCCUUGAGAUUGGUAGCAUUCGAACUCUUGGCACCCAGCAGUUUGAAGGGCCCCUGUCACUUGUGCAUGUGCUGCGGCCUGUUCUUCAUUUACAUGGGGUCAUCUCUACCUAGUAGCAGCAGUGCAGGGUACCGCAGCUUCACCAUAUUCAUGGAAUGCAAUACUCUGCACCGCCGCUGUUAACCAGACCGUGCAGGUAGAUGACCCCCAUGUAAACUAUUAAGAUGCAGCUGAUCGAUGGGAGUGCAAAGAGUCCGACCGCCACCAACCUGAUAUAUCCUCCCAUUUAAACGGCACUGAUAAAGGAGGAAAGAAAUGUGAAAUUUUAUAUAAAAAAGUGGCUGGUUCUGGGAAGUCAGCUUUUUAUUUUGUUCCUUGAAUUUUUUUUCAAAGGAGGACAAAUUACCAAGCAAUUGCCAUGAAUAUACCCACUGCCAUUGCAGUCUACUCACUUUGGGCUAAAAUUUUUUUUUUUAAUUGGUCUUUAUUAAAACUUUUCAGCAGUUGUUGUCAUAAAGGGUUAAGUUUUAGCCUAGCUGUGAGCAUCUUACUUUCACUUUCUGAUUCUCUCUGAACUACUAACAGCUGCAGCUCAUGAAUGAGUCAUCUUCUUAUCAGCUGUCAGGAGAUCAGAGGUAAGGUUUCACAUAAGCUGUCAUCUGGACUCCCUGAAAGGAUACAGUGUAAAAAACGGGGCCUGCUACUAGAUAAUCUCAAGACUGUACAGAGAAAGGGGCUGACAUUAAAAAAAAAAAGACCAAUUGAAAAAAAAAAAAAAUUUGGGCUGAAAAUGAGUAUCAUGCAAUAAUUUUUUUUAAAGAUGUCCAUAGCCUUUAAAUCACUCCAUCUCCCUCCUGUUGUGCUUUUGGGAAGGAGGACUUGUCUGCCAUGAUUGGUAUAUUUGCCGAUGAGAUUAGUGUGGUGUAUUAUAUGUAUAGUAUAUGAAUAUUGAGUUAGUCCAUAAAGUUGCUUCUUUUAGUACAGGUUCUGUAGAUCUCAGGAAAAAAAAGGUUCUGCACUAUGUGUAUGACUGGCAUGCGUUAAAGGGGUUGUCUGGAUUAAAACCCAUUUGGCGCCCAUCUAUUAUCCCCAUCCAUGAACUGCUACAAAGACCUUGCUCUGGAGGACCGGCUCAAUUGUGCAUUAUAUGGAUCACCCCCAUUGAUGUCAGUAGGCACCACGUUAUGCCUCUUUUCACCUGCAGUGGCGCUGUAUGGGAAUUGAACACUUGCUUCUUGGUUCCACUGUUAAUUUCAGCUGAUUGCCAUGAAAUCACAGAGCUGGAGCAUUUAUUUUUAUGACCCUCUGUUGUGCUGUUCCGUUAUUAUUCCUGCUAGAACUUUUAUGAAUUACGGUCCAGCUGGUUGUUCCCAGUUGGAUUGGGGGGGGGGGGGGGGGGUGUCUGCACGGUCUGUCACUAUCCAAUCAGUGUCCGACUGUGCAGAGACUCACCCCCAACUUGAAACACCCAGCUGGCCUUUAUUCAUAAAUCUCUAGCAGGAAUAACAGAGGAACUGCACAACAUAGAUUUAUAAAUGUAGCUAGGUCAGCGCUAAAGCCUGCCCAUCAGAGCCGGUGACAUCACCAGCAACACUGCUAGGCGGAAGCCUUUAUCCAGCUUACCCAUGGAGAGCCCGGUAUGUCACUGGAUCUCUAAAAAAAUGGCUGAAUCGUGCAGGACAAAGGAGAGCAUCGGAGCAUUUCAUCAGGGGGGGGAUGUCUGGGUGAAAAUGGGGAUAUGUCCGGGUUCAGCUCUGGACCCGCACAACCCCUUGGAUGAAAGUUCAAAGAAAGAUCAUUAGCCGGAUAAAUCUACUGACCAUAGUUAAAUGUCACCUGACGAAUAUAUGCUUUAGUUUUGAUAAGCUUUUGUUCCUUUUUAUUCAACUUUAGGCGAAGGCCUCAUGCACACGACGGUAAUCAUUUUACGUUCCAUGUGCGUCCCGAAAAACGGACAAGAAUAGUGCAUGUUCUAUUUAAAAAAAAAAAAUAUUGCGGAAUGAACAUACAACUGCAGAUGGCGACAUGGGUGACAUCCAUGUGUUGUCUGCAUUUUUUGCGGCCCCGUAGAAAUGAAUGGGUCCCCAUGCGAUCCACAAGAAAUGCAGAUUGGUUGUGGACCGAAAAUACAGUAGUGUGCAUGAGGCCUACUGUGUAUUGCUACCUUCAUUGUCUGCUACACCCCUGCUAUUCAGAUCCACCAUCUAUGGUCUAUGGGUGCUGGCCGCUUCUCAUCUGGGGUUUAAUGUCAGGAGAAUGUGACGUCAUUGCAGGUCCUUUUGCAGGUCCUGCUGAAAGAAGAUAGAAGACACUGCGGCAGUGCGAUCAAGUGGACGAGGUGAGUCGUUUUUUUUACCCCUAAAUUGCCACAUUCUUUUGCAUUCUGUCUUAAGAAUGAUAUUAUUUUCUGUUAUAACGGAAAAUAAUAAAAUGACCUGAACACCGAACUCAAACCCGGAGUUCAGUGGAAAAGUCUGGGUUUGCAGUUCGGGUUCGCUCAUCCCUACAGGAGAAAGGUACACGAUAGAUGAUUUACUGUCCCCCUGAGAUUAUCAGUGUCAGAGGUGUCCGGCAGCUUCUCAUCCCCCCUCCUCUAUAUAAUUAACAUGCACAUUUGGGUAAGGCCUCAUGCACACAACCGUUAUUCAGUUUUUCGUGAUUUUCUGCGAACCCAUUGACUUUCAAUGGGUCCGUUGACCGUUUGUCAUCCGCGUCCGUGGUU